UUCUGGUGUUGGAAGCUGUUCCAACUUUGAACUUCGGUGCAUUCAAAGUGGAGCCACCUGGAGCCACAAUGGAGCCACCUCUGAUUGUCAACCCAAAUGAAAUGGAGCCACCUCUGACUGUCAAACCAAAAGAAAUGGAGCCACCUCUCAAACCAGAUAAAGCUAGGAAGAAUAGGAUUCCUGUGAGAAAGCGCUUUAAACAUGUGAAGCGACAUGUGAAACAGAAACCUGUAGUGACUAUUACCAACAGCAUAAGUGAGGACAGUUCUUCCACGCCUUCGAGUGACAUUGACCCAGAGUUCUCUGAGUUUGAACUACCUCCAACACCCACUUCAAUCGAGCUGAUAGACCAUGAUUACUGCUCAAGUCCCAGCCCUACUCCUUCUAGCCGGCCAAGUAGCGCUCAAAGUCUUAUGAGUAAUCUAUCUGCCUCGCUGACAGAUCUCAGUAUGAACACAAGUAUGAGUGAAAUGUCUAGGACAUCUCUUUUCAGUCCAAUUCCCUCUGAGGUUUCAAGUUCCACUCCAUCUGAAGUUUUGAGCCCCCCACCCGUGUCUGCUGAGGAAUCUGUAUUAGAACCAGAGCCUUUGCCUCAGACCAUCCCUCUUACUGAAGAGGUGGCCAAAUCUCUACUGUUGGAAGUCCGAAGCAAUCUCUUUCUCAUGUUACCAGAAAAUUUUGUUCCUUUGGUUUCAAAUGGAUGUGUUCAUGUGCUCAUGGUUGGCCGCAGAGAAGAAAAGGCAACUCAGAGACAAGUUACUGUCUCGCUCACUGGUGAUGUGCGUCUUCAAGUGCAUGGUGUGAAUUAUCCUGCCCAGCCAGUACUUUCUGGUGUUCGGGCUAAUCAGCCUUUAUCUCUUACAAACAUUGGAUAUUUCACUGACAGAAUUGUUGACAUUGUUUCUAAUCUUCGUGUACUUGAAAUUUGUGCUGGAAAUGACCACAAGGAGUUCAAAGAAGCAUGGCCUGAAACUGAACAAGGCAACAUUGAAAAUGAUGUGUUUAAAGAGUGUCGUUACAAAGAAACCUUUCGCUCAAAGAAGUGCUUGUUAUUGGUUGAUUCUGCUCAUUGGAGGUGUAAAGAAUGUACAAAACUGACUCCUAUUUUAAGAAGGAAACUUCAGUCCAUCAAUUGUCCCGAGGCCAACAAAUUUACUAAUAAUAGGUUUUUGGGAAAGAAGCAAAAGGACAUUCGUCUGGCCAAGAAACAGAAGACGAUACGACUACAGAAGCAAACUAUUGAUCGGUUGCAGACCAAGAUGCUGAAGAUGAUAAAGGAGGAAGGGGUGAAAGUUGAUGCCAAUGUCUCCAAAGAUUUAACUGAAAUAUUACUAUCUGCAUCACUGGACCCCUUGCAGUCUCUCUUCCUUCAACAGCAGAUCAAGUAUGCCCAAUGCAAAAACAAAUGUACAAUGAAGUGGCAUCCCACUCUUAUUCGAUUGGCUCUCUCUAUUUACCUCAAAGCCCCAGGGGCAUACAAGGAACUUUGUGACUGUGGCUUCAUCAAGCUCCCUACUUCACGGACCCUCUUUGACUACAGUCAUGUGACUAAAAUAAAACCUGGCAUUGAUGAAAGUGUCAUAGAAGCUGCUGCAAAAAGAGCUACAUCAGAAGAGCACACUCAUAAACAGUACCAUGUUGUUAUGGCAGAUGAAAUGAACAUCAGUAAAAACUUGGUAGUGCUGAAGAGUACUGGUGAAUUGAUUGGCUUUAAGGACUUGGAUGACCUAGACCAGGAAUUGAAAGAGCUUGAGGCACAUUUAGAUGAUCCAGAGAAGGUGUUGGAGCAAGAGCUGGCAUCAAAAGUCAUGGCCUUCAUGGUCAAAGGUGUUUCAAGCAAUUUGAAGCAUGUUGUGGCAACAUACCCUGUGACUAAUCCAUCUCCAAAGCAGAUGUACCUCUGGACAUGGGAUGUCAUUGGUGCCCUGGAAAGGAGUGGGAUUAUGGUGAUUGCUUUUGUCGGUGAUGGUUGCCCUGUCAACAGAGCAUUCAUAAAACUCCACACCCCAGCCACCAUCACUCGGUCAGGUGUUGUGUUUGACACCGUCAACAAACACGCUCCAGACCGACUCCUGUAUUUCUUCUCUGACGUGCCCCACUUACUGAAAACAAUCAGAAAUGCCUUCUUCAAUUCCAGAAAGAAAACCAAAAAUAACAAGAAGAGCCCAAGGCUUCUAAAGAAGAAUGGCGAAUACAUUGUUUGGGAUACAAUUAUUAGGCUUUACCUGUCCAAAAAAGACAAAACGCUGAGAAAAUCUUACAAGCUCAAUGCACAAAAUGUCUACCCUGACAGCUACAGUAGAAUGAAGGUGAAAUCUGCUGCAGAAGUGAUGAGCCACACUGUGGGGACAGACAUUUUGAGCCAGGGUUGGACUGGAGUGUCAGAAACAGUUGAGUUCAUUUACAGAGUUAAUGACUGGUUUGAUUUGCUGAAUGGUGCCUUCUCCACCCAUGGUGUGAAGAAAAACAACAGGCGGCUUCAUCCAUACACCCUGCAAGAUGUUCAAGACUUUGAGAACGGAGCUGAAGGGAGCAGAUUCCAAGAGCUGCUGGAUUUUGUUGCUUAUUUAGAUGAAUGGAAAGAAGAGGUACAAGCAGGGCAAGAUGCAACCCAUUCCAGAUCUGUCAUGUCUGAGUUAGGUGUGGACCUCUUGCCAGACGAAGGCAGUUUCCAUGAGUUAGAUGACAGCCAGACGGGAGAUCCAUCAGAUGAAGAAUUCUCCUCAAGAAAUUUGCUCCCUCAUCAAACAAUGCUGGGCAUUGAGAUGUCUUGUAGAUCAUUUAUUCAUGCAACAACUUUUCUACUGAAAGAGGGGGUGACUUUUAUCAACGCUCGAGUCUUCUGCCAAGACCCACUGGAACAGAAUUUUGGAAGACAACGUAUGGCUGGAGGAGGGAGUACCAACCCAAAUUUGAACCAAUUCCUGCAUAAACAACGAGGAUUUUCCACAAUUGGAGAACUUAGUGCUGCAAACAAGAGAGGAAACACAGAAGUCUUAGAUGAAGAAAAUGUGAUUAACUGUGAACCGCUCCCUAAAAGAAAACAAGCUAGACAAUGCCACUCGAUCAGUGAUUAGUUUGUGUCCACUCAACUCAUUGUGAUUGUCAAUGUGAUAUUAUUAUGUUGGGAUAUUGUAAUGUGCACUUUACCAAUGAACAUAAUUAUUUAUUUUUCAUAAUAAAUUGACAUUGUGCUUUGAACAAGAAAACUUUUGUCAUUAAAU